CAUGUCUACCUCAACGACCGCAACCUCUACCUUCGUCCUGCACAAAUAUUCUCGCUCUUACCCAACUUCAACCGCCUCAAAUUGGCAGCAUUUCACCAAUCCAACUAUUCGGCUCGUCCUUGAUGCGAAAAACGCGUCGGGAGGAGAACUAGAAUCUGUCAGGCUUCGCAUCAUCUGGACGAUGGACAACGGCGACCCAAUGGAUACCACCGCCGGAAGUCAGGUUUUGUUUGAAGACCUCGAUCUGCUAUCCUUUUCUUCCCUUCCCUUUCGCCAACAUCAGAGGCAAUCACAGGGCCUUCCUCUCAAAGCUGUUUACCGAGACUUGGUCGUUGGGAUACGUUAUCUUCAUCCUCGAGAAUACUCUGCCAAUCCGACUUACCGACGCUUUCAAAUAACGUUCUCGUCGGUUGCUUCAGUCUCGCAAUUCAUCAAUGCAAUUCGAACCGUCUGUCCUUGCAAAGCUAAUGUUGCUCCUGCCCCUGGUCCAGUAGAAUCUUCUCUUGCACCUCUUCAACCACGUAGCACUCUUCGGCCUGCUCUUUUCCCCAGCGCUGUUGCGUUAUCCCAAGCUCCUUAUCUUCAUCAGUAUCCUGUUGCUACUCACAUGCCUGCACUCAACAGCACGGACUUGUCCUUUGCUGCUGCUUCCCAAACUGAAGUUCCUCGCCUAGAGGGUCCUCAAUCUAGUCAAGACAUCCCGUUACAUGUUCUGUCUUCGUCUCCGGUGUUUACGUCGCUGCUACCGCCAAUUGUACUCAACGACUCUGUUUCCUCUCUGCCAACAAGCACACCACCCGCUCCAAAACCGACUGAGUCGCAACCGGCCCUGACAACCCAUACGCCUAUCAUUCCUGUAUCUGCAUCAGUAACAGAGUCCAAGCCGACUUCGAGUUCUGCUAUCAGGGAUGCCGUCAUUUCGUCUCUCCGUGAAACGACAGAGCUGUAUAAUCUUUCACGAUCCGAUCUGGAACGUUUGGUCGGUGACAUAGUACGCGAAGAUGGAUUCUCGCAUCUGUUGACAACGCUAUCGACAAUGUGGAAGGUUAAGAGCUACUUGGGAUGAAAAAUAAAAGACUGUAAUAUACAGCGUUCCCUUAGGUGAGAUGAACGUGUCAAUUAGUCCAGGUCUUCCGAGAUCCAGCCAUAAUAUUUCCUCAGUUUCUUGCUAAAUACCUUCAGCAUCUUUGGAUGAAUAAAGGAAUCAGGAUGCGCUAUGAAUUCUGAUAGACUAUGUAGACACGUCAGUUUGGCAAUGCAAGGAACAGAUUUUACACCGCGUACCCUGUCACGAGCAUCUGGAGGGUCAAACCGUACGCUGGAUCCCGCUGUACUCGGGACAUAAGUAAAGCCCAUAUCUUUCAUGACCUGGAAGGAAGUAAGUGAAAUGUCGCAGAAGAGGUGUAUCCCACCUUGACGAAUGUAUCCCACUUCAUGCCGGCGCUACC